AUGUUCGGGCCAUGCCUCGACGGCGAGGUCCUGUGGCUGCCCAUCCUUUCGGAAGAGCGGGUGCUUUGCCUUCGCUUGGUGCCCGACUCGCCGCUCAUGUCCAACGCUGCGCACAUCAUGGAUGCUUGCAUGGCCCUAGAGACGACCAGGAGCCGCAUGGAGGCCACAGAAACAGAUGUCACCGGGCCUACUCUGAACAUCCUUCGGCAAUUAGGCAAGUGGCCUCAGGAAACCUGUGCCUCUAUGCUGCAACUCGAUGACAUGAAAGCGGUUGGCAUGGGUUCAAACAUAAAGAACAGACGUCGGGCUACCUACGUUGCAAUGGGCCUGGCUUACGUUAUUAGAGCUGGCGAACGUGGACACGUUAAUGUGACACAGACAGUGAACGACUUCCACAUCUCGUCGUUGGCUACAGAGGCCUGGACAACGAGAAGGCAGCCCCUGAACUAUCCCGCCAUACAUGAACCAGGCGCCCCAGGCGCCCCAGGCGUCCCAGGCGGUCCCGGGGCCCCCGGCGCCCCCUCCGGCUCUGGGAGACCUCCCCUCGCGCCGCCCAGCACCGCCGGCGAGAUGCAGAUGAGAGCACGGCAUCUCGGUGCCGCCGAGGACUGCGUACAAGAUCCCUUUAUGAUUGUGGACGAGACCGUGAGUGGCGUCCUCUGUAUCGCUUGCAACAAGCACUUUACGCCAGAGCACUUGACCACCCGCAGGCACCUGAACUACCUGUCCGACAUUCAGGGCACCCUCAUGUGGCUCACACGCGAGCAGAAGCCUCCCUGUUUGCGCAUUCUCCAAUUCCAAGAGACCAGGGCCCAGCCCAAUGCUGGCGUGCCCUACCAAGAUCCCAGCACCCGCAGUGCCCAAACCGAGACCGCCGGCCCCGAGACCGCGUGGGACGACACCUACCAGCCCGAGACCGAAGCCUCGCCAGCAGCUCCCGCACAGCAGCGCGGAGCGCCGCCAGCUUCCACGCCAGGUUCCUGGGAGGAGCGAGCCGACCGAGCCGACCGAGCCGACCGAGCCACCCCCCUCCGGCCACAGGUCAACCGGCGCUGGCGCGAUGUUGAGAUCCCAGCGACUCCAAGCCUGGAGGAGAACUACGACUUUGCCUGGCGUCUCUUCGCAAACCACACGCAGUACCUUUCACGUUUUCUUGUCUUCAAUGACGAGAUCGGUGUCGAGGAAGUUUGA